AUGGGUCAGGGGUUCGGUUUUUUCUUCUUUAUCUUGUCAUGUGUCUGUUUGGGAGGGCCUUGCUUUUGUAGUGCACACACAGACAGCAUCAAACCUGGGGAAGGGCUUCAAUUCUCGAAGCUACUGGUUUCGGCACAAGGGACUUUCACACUGGGGUUCUUUAUCUUGGACACCCGCAGUUAUUUAGGAAUCUGGUACACAAGUGAUGUUAACAACAAGAAAGUUUGGGUUGCUAACAGAGACAACCCUAUAUCUGGCACCAACGCAAAUCUCAUGCUGGAUGGCAAUGGAACAUUGAUGAUCAUUCACAGUGGGGGUGAUCCAAUUGUCUUGAAUUCCAAUCAAGCAUCCAGAAACUCCAUAGCUACCUUGCUUGAUUCUGGAAAUUUUGUUGUGUCAGCGUUAAAUUCAGAUGGAUCUGUGAAGCAGACACUAUGGGAAAGUUUCGAUGAUCCUACAGACACGCUCCUGCCUGGGAUGAAACUAGGCAUCAACUUGAAAACCGGGAAAAACUGGUCACUUGCUUCGUGGAUAAACGAACUGAUGGGAUAA